AUGCCAAUGUGGCACUUGGGCUCCUCGAAUUCGAUGCUGGCUGGAUUUGCGAGAGUCGGCCUUGAGGCUGAAGCCGAAGACAUCUUCUCACAAAUGCAAGAGCGGGAUGUUUCUUCCUGGACUAGCAUGUUCGUAGCAUUUGCCCAAAAUGGGCAUUUUUCAAAGGCGAGUUUUGUGUCCAGCGUGAUGCCGCUCUGGGACGCCGUUUGCUGGACGACAAUGCUCGAGGCAUACGGCGGCGGCUGCGUCGCGGAGGCCAAGAAACUCUUCGACGCGAUGCGCGAUCGCAGUGUCGUGUCGUGGACAAUCUUGCAGGUUGGCUACGACCACGGGGGCCAGCUGCGGGAAUCACAGCGUGUUUUCGAUCGAAUGCCGCUCCGGGACCUCGUUGCCUGGACAGCAAUCCUGAGAGCCUACUGCGAGCGGGGACUCAUCGACGAGGCUCUCGUUUUCUUUGACUCCAUGCCGAUGAGGAACAUCGUUGCGUGGUAUGCCCUUCUCUCGGCAGCUUGCCAAGUUGGAAGCUCGGAUCAAACGAGACGAGUCUUCGAUUUGAUGCCUGGUUGGAACAAAGAUGUCUACACGGCAAUACUGGGCGAGAAUUCCAUCAACGAGAGCAUCGACAACACGAAACUCUGGUUUGAUCGCAUGCCCUCUCGCGACGUAGCUGCGUGGACCACUCUUCUCGGUGCAUAUGCCGCGAAAGGGUAUCUUGACCAGACAAGGAAUCUCUUCCACAAGAUGCCCUGCCACGACACGGCGUCCUGGAACGCCAUGGUCAACACCUCCGGGAGCUACGGCAGCGUUGACGAGUCAAAGUCAAUCUUUGAUUCCUCGCGGGAGCGUGACGUGGUGUCCUGGGCCAGCAUCCUCGUCGCAUAUGCCCAGAACGGGCAUAUGGUGCAAGCGUUGGCCACAUACGAGCGCAUGCCGUACCGCAACUUGGCCACCUACGGUGCCGUACUAACCGGCUACAGCAGGCACGCCCGUCUCACGGAUGUGAAACACGUGUACGAUGGGAUGCCCUGCCACGAUGCCCCCACGCGGAGUAUAAUGCUGGGAGCGCUCGCCCAGGACGGGGAGCUCGCGAGUUCGCUGGAGCUCUUCCGGGAGAUCUCCCUGGACGGGAUAGAUCCGGAUGGAAUAUGCUUUACGUGCGUUCUCCUGGCGUGUAGCCAUGGCGGGACUGUUUACGAUGGACGCGCGUGUUUUGUGACAAUGGUGGCGGACUAUGGAGUUUGCCCUCACAGGGAGCACUAUUGCGCGCUGGUUGAUCUCCUCGGACGAGCUGGGCAUUUGGGCGAUGCGGAGGAGCUUGUGUAUAGCAUGCCGUUUGAGCCGGAUGUUGUGGAGUGGACGGCUUUGCUUGGAGGGUGUAGGAUCCACAAUGAUCUUGCGAGGGGAGCUCGUGCGGCGCAAGGAGUUCUGGCGCUGGAUCCUGGGAACUCUGCUGCGUGCUCGCUGCUGGCCGAUUUGUCUAGCACUUCAUUGUCAUCCUCUAAAGUUGACAUGGAUAACGAAACAAGAAUAGCAGAAGAAGCAGAAGCAAGGGCGGCAGGAGUGGAGAAUGGCAAGGAGGGCUCGCUCUCGGUCGCCAUCAGAAGCUGCAUUGAUAUGGAGCAAGAAAUGAUCGUCGGUUUAUCUUAA